AUGCAAGUCAAGGUCGCAGAUGUUGCUGGAGAGCAAGCCAAGAUGUUCGAGGUGUCCUCUACUCGAGCUAUCCCAUCUGCCAUUGCUGGUUUGACAGUGAUUAGUGCUUCGAUCCUGCCGAGGACUGGCGACAAACGUCCACAUGCCACAUCAUUGUCAGAAGAUGAAGAUGCCCAGACAGGCUCUCUUGUUCAUUCGGCGGAGCUCCAAAACGACCCGCGAGUGAUUAUCAUCAAUGGUCCACAAUGCACGCUGGAAGUCCAAGUUUCCAUUAUCAAGAACAAGAACGACCUCAAGAACCUUUCUGAACGGCACAACUCGGACCGCGCGGAUCUUUUCUUCUGGAGUGAGCGAAGAACUGUGGAACAGCACAAGGCAUAUCUCAAGAAGCAGCUUGUCAAAUCGCACAUCCUACCAGUCAUUGGUCACAUGGACGGCACGCUCUUUGGACAUCUUGAAAUUUAUUGGGCUAUGGACGCCUAUAGUGCACCAUUUGCUGAUGCUCAAGACGAUGAUCGAGGCUUUCAUGCAAUUGUUGGUGAUACAAUAGACCGUGCGUCGGAUGUGGGACCGCAUUGGUUCUUCACUGACGCAUCACUGCUUCCUGGCAGAUCUCAGGACAACGAAGGCCAUGUUGGAGCCGCCAGCAGACGAUGA